CCUGAUCGUCGGGCGUGUCUCAGAUUAUGGAAAUCAGAUCCUCUGGAGUCCAUUAACAUCCACAGUCCAGGAAGACCGACAAUGUCAUUAGGAAACAAUCUCCGCGGCCACACCCCCCUUAUUCAUCUCCGCGGCCACAGACUUUUCUCUCACCACUGAUCGAGUAAUGAGCACAUACAGCUGCACCGUAACUCUGUUUGCUUUCGCUUUGAUUCUUCCAAAAAAAUUGCUGGUACCGUAGAGUGCCAACAGCUGUGGCAACAAAGGAACGAAGCUAUCAAACUAAACCUUAACCAUGCAGGCAAACAAACAUGAUGAUGAUGAUGAUCACCAAUCAGCUGUGCCGAUGCCCGGUGAUACUGGCACUGAUACUGGUGCUCCUACAGAAGCUGUAUCAACCAGCACACCGGGAGAUCUCGACGAGUCGCACCAGUCACAGUCAACGAUAGAAUUCGACGUUAUUGAAAAGGCCGCCAGGAUAAGUGCUUCUGGUGGUGCUUGUGAAGCUGGCGAGGCUGAACGUCGAAAGCUGCUUGCUUUUGAACAAGAAGCAAGAGCUUCGAAGGAAAACUCUAGUGAGACAGCCCCCCAAAAUACGUAUAUGGAAGAAGGAUUGGAUCCUCUGGAUCUGGCUAAAAUUGUGGAAGCACGGCUAAGAAAUUCAGAGCCAGACCAAGCAAACAUGGAGGCUGCUGUAGCCGGGACAGGGACACAGGGAUAUGACGAAGAAAGAUUAUCCUCAUUCGACGGGGUCAAAAUGGUGGAGGCUCGGCUGCUCCAAGAUGCAGGUCUCGACCAAGGUGAAAACACUACCACUCCAGAAGGGAACAUUUCUCCAUCAACUGCUUUGGACACCAUUGAGCAGCAGGAGAAUGAAGACAAAGAAAAGAAGGAGAAUGAAGAUGAGGCACAAUCGUUUUCGGCUAAAGCUUCUCCAGCUGUGGACACCAUUGAGCAGAAGAACCACCACAAGGAACAAAUAGUAAGCAAUGUUUCGAGCACACGUGAGGACAACAAAAUUGGACUUGUCAACAAGGAUGUAGUUCAGGUCAAUAUGGUACAAAAUGAUGGCAAUCAUGGAAUGUUGCCUUUGCCUCCAGCCGAAACGAGUAUUGCCAACAGAAGACCUCAAGCACAACCAGGAGCCUACGCUAGUGUAAAUUUCCAACCACCAGAGGAAAAUUUGGAAACAGCAGAGACAAACAUUGGACCAGCGACUACUCGACCACCUACGAUCGAACCAGAAAAUGGCAAUAGUGGCUUGGCUGUGGCCAAUUUGGUAGUGGCAGAUGAAACAACCCCUCAAGAUCUGCCCCAUGCGCAAGAUUAUAAUCCGGACAACAUCAACAACAACAGAGAAGAAAGGAUGAAGCAAUUCAAAACUAAGGUCCUCUUGGGAGUCAUUGUCUUCUUGGCCAUCACGAUUAUUUUGGUAGCCAUUUUGACACCUGGAAAGAAACGGGAUACAGCCGUGCCUAGUGAGGUGCCCAGCAGCAACCCAUCCCAGGGGCCAUCAUCCUAUUCAGAAUACUGGCUGUCACUUUUCCCUGAACCAACAGUCUCUGCAAUUCUGGAGGACCCAGAAUCGCCUCAGUUGAGGGCAUUCGAGUGGCUCUUGGAAGAGAUUGACAUCCUACACAACCUUACAGAACAGAGAGUUGUACAACGUUUUGUACUUGCAGUAUUCUAUUUUGCCAACAGCAAAGAACAAUGGCUCUUCAGCGAUAACUGGCUCAACCACAGUGUUCAUGAGUGCCUUUGGUAUUCAAGUUUGGAGGAUUUUUAUUUCAUUUUUUCCGCCGAUAUAUUUUUCCCACUGGAUCACAUCAGCCCCUGUGAGAAAGAUCCAGGUGGCUAUCUAGAGGAUGGCAUCUUGUAUCAGGGAGAUGGAAUCCUGAAGCACUUUUGGCUGUCCUUUAAUCGCCUGACAGGAUCAGGCAUUCCACCAGAGCUCUACAUGCUUACUGAACUUAGGAGCUUGGCAUUGGAUGACUUCAACGUUGCCAGCACCAUCCCAGAAGAGCUCUCUGGCCUUUCAAAUUUGGAGUACCUUUCACUGUUUGGAUGUGGGCUUUUUGGCUCUGUCCCUGAAGCACUCGGAAGUUUGUCAAAACUUGGAGUUAUCUCCUUUCCCUUCAACUCUUUGACGGGAACUAUUCCAUCAUCCCUGUUUUCGCUUUCGUACUCCAUGAGAACUAUUGUUCUACAAGGAAAUCAGCUGACAGGACCAUUACCAACAACAGAACUGGGUCUGCUGCCUGGUCUGCUUAUUAGUUUGCAGUCAGUUUGGUUUGGUAGCAACCUCUUCACGGGGAAAGUUCCGACAGAACUUGGGCAAUUGACUCUCUUGGAUACAUUAGAUCUUACCGACAAUAUGCUGAGUGGCAAUAUCCCAUCUGAGCUUGCAGUUCUUACAGACAUGGAAUUUCUGUACCUGCAUAGCUCUGGUCUUACGGGGACAAUCCCCAGGUGGCUUGGCAACAUAACAGCCUUGGAACGCAUGACACUGAAGGAUAACUUCUUGUCUGGGACUAUCCCAACAGAACUUGGUCUGCUAUCAAAGAUGCUUGCCUUGUGGCUUGGUUGGAAUGCUUUGUCCGGCACAAUCCCAAGUGAAUUUGGAAUGUACAAGAAAGAACAGUUAGUGUUGCUCUUGAAUAAUAAUGACCUGACAGGAACCAUUCCUACUGAGGUUGGACAGCUUACUGGUUUACAUCAGCUUUGGCUAGAUGACAAUAAUUUGACUGGAACAGUGCCCCUGGAGCUUGCCAAUGUUCCUUUCCCUGCACCUUAUGGCCAAGCCUUGUUGCAUGGAAAUGAUCUUUCUGGCAUUAUCCCUGAGAGCUUGUGUUCUGCACACAACCUUACUUUCGACUGUGGCCACAUGCUCUGUGGAUGUGACUGGUGUAACUGUUCUACUAUGAGUAUGGUGCUGUUGGAAGUCGAGAAUCUGAUUGGCGAUGGUCAGCUUCUGGGUGAGGAGAACCAGACUUCCACCUGAAUGGAAUGAUUGGCUGUUUUGUGUUCAUAAUCGUACGACUGUACUCCUCAAUUACGUACAUAAGAGGCAAUAGGCAGGGA